UUCGUGUGUUCUGUGCAGGUAAUAUUUAGUUUUCGAUAUGGAAAUUGAUAACGAAAAAUUGAUUAGUGCCGUUCGUGAAAAGCCUCCGUUGUGGAACAUGAAAGACAAAAGGUAUCAUUCUCGUGAUGUUCAGAGGAAAUUGUGGUCGAAAGUUGCAGACGAAGUAGGUGUUACUAAUAAUGUGAACGAAGUAAAGAAAAAGUGGAAGGGACUGCGCGAUUUAUUUAGAAGAGAAUAUAAAAAAGUCCAUAAAUCAGGAAAUGAGGCGCCGGAGGAAGGUUCCUCUUCAUGGACUUUCUUCGACCAGAUGCUGUUUCGCUCAUAAUUGAGCCACGACAGCUGAAGGGAAAUGUUGCCUCGCCAGAAAGAACAUUUUCUCGAAAUAAUGACGGAGACGAUAUUGCCGAUGAAGAUGAUUUGCCUGAUAUGGAAUCAUCAC